AUGUUAAAAAAUAUUCUUACGAUUUUCUUUACGAUUUUUGUAAUUCUUUUGGCUGUUUCUUACCAAUCGUUAUACGAUUCAUAUAUUCUUAUAGGAUUUUCACGAGCGCCUGUUAAGUCCUAUGAUGGCGGAAAAUGCAGAAGGAUAGAAGAUGUUGAAGCUUGCGAAGAUAUUCAUAUUCAUCACCGAACCGGACACGCUUUUAUGGCUUGCGGAAGCGAGUAUGAAAGACUUCAUGGUUAUUUCCCACCAAUCGAUAUUUUUAACAGUUCUCACCACAUAAGAGAUACUCCCCAAAUUUAUGAUAUCAAUAAAGAUAUUUUUAUUCCACUUGUUCUAAAAAAUUAUCCACCUGAAGAAGACUUUAUAUCUCAUGGGUUCGGCAUUUAUGAAGAUCCUGAAAAUGAAAAUAAAUUAUACAUGUUCUUCAUCAAUCAUAAAAAAACCGGAAGCGUUGUGGAAAAGUUUGAACAUAUUUUACAUACAAACGAAUUAAUUCAUUUGGAAACCAUUGAACAUGAAUUAAUCAACACUCCAAAUGAUGUAGUUCCCGUUUCAAAACAUGAAUUUUAUUUUACUAAUGAUCAUUAUUAUAGACAAGGUUUUUUGAAAACUAUUGAAAGAUUUCAUUCAUCAAUUACGAAUGAAACUAAAAUUGUCGUUGAUGGAUUACGAUAUGCUAAUGGAAUUAACGCGAAUUGGGAUUACUCUCUUAUUUAUGUUUCUGCAACAGGUGGUGGUGAAGUAAAUAUAUACGAAAGAAACAAGAAUAGUAACGAACUCAGAUUAAAAGAGAGAAUAUUCACAGGAUAUCCGGUUGAUAAUAUUAGUGUUGACGAUAUAACCGGUGAACUUUAUCUUACUAUUGCUCACAAGGCCUUUCUUAUUCUCCCUUACGUUGAGGAUCGAACAUAUCCUACGCCACCUUUUGGAGUAUUAAGGAUUAGUAAUAAUACCGAAGAAGAUAAAUUUUAUGGCGUAAAUUAUUCUAAAAAAGUUAUUUUUGAAGAUGAUGGAAAUUUGUAUAAUUUGGCAUCGGUUUCUGCUGUGGAUAGAAAAAGAAAUGUUUUGCUUGUUGGCUCUUUCGUUGCUAAGGAUAUUUUAAGAUAUGGCAGUGAAGAAAUUAAUCGUGAUGAAACAUAUCCUUUUAAAAGAGGUCCUUGCUUUGGAGAAUUUUUAAGUUGGUAUUAA